AAAGGUUUUGCUGAAAGUAAAGUCACGGAACAUUAACUUAAAAGCCUGUGGAUUAUUAUCACACCUCUACAUAUCUCCAACUGGGAAUUAAAAAUACAGGAGGAGACAUGAGGUGGCUGAUCGUGUUGGCUCUCACAGCCUACGUCCUUCAAGCCUGUCUAGCCUUUAAAAUUGCUUCAUUCAACAUCCAGAGGUUUGCCAUCUCUAAAGUUGACGAUCCCUUUGUUCUGGAUCUUCUGAUACGUAUAUUGAGAAGAUAUGAGCUGAUCUCAGUCCAAGAAGUAAUGAAUUCAGAUAACACAGCGAUUAUCAGGCUUGUUCAGGAGCUCAACCUAGCCACUGGUUUAAAGUACAACGUGUUGAUCUCUGAUCACCUGGGGCGUAGUACUUACCGGGAGAAGUAUGUCUAUAUAUACAGAGAAGAUAUCCUAAAGCCAACAGAGUGGUAUCAUUAUGAUGAUGACUGUGAAGUCUGUGGCACGGACACAUUCAUGAGGGAGCCAUUUGUGGUUCGUUUUUCUUCUUUGACUACAGAGUUGAAAGACUUUGUCUUAGCUACGAUUCACACAAGCCCAGAUUACGCUGUGCUGGAGGUAGAUGCUCUGUACGAUGUGUGGGAAGACGCCAAGCAACGCCUGCUUACAGAGGAUAUUAUGAUUUUGGGAGACUACAACUCAGACUGCAGUUAUGUGAAAGCCAGCCAUUGGCCCAGCAUCCGCCUUCGUCAGGAACAGAGCCUCCAGUGGCUGAUUGGUGAAGGGGCCGACACCACCGUCAGCCCCAACAAUAACUGUGCCUAUGACAGGUUUGUGGUCAGUGGUUCGAGAAUGCAGAAGGCAGUGAUACCUGAUUCAGCCAAGCCUCUGAACUUUGAAGUGGAAUAUGGGCUGACCAAUGACGAGGCUAAAGCAGUGUCCGAUCACUACCCAAUUGAGGUGGAACUAUAUGAAGAUGUUUUUUACAGUGGUCGAUAUUUCGAGACCAGUUCCACUGUAGGGAUAAGUGGAGGUCUGUCCCUCAAUGGCGUCUGUGACUGCGCAGGAGUGGAAUUUGCAAGCUGCAAUGGGCGCUGUGGGUCCUCGUCCAAAAAUUUCCCUUGUAACUGCAAUGCUACGUGUAGCAGUAAUGGCAACUGUUGCACUGACUACAAGGCGUACUGCAAGCCGUAGGUCUCUGGACCUGAAUUUAGACUCUGAAGACUAACAAACAAUAUUUACUACAUUAAAAAAACACUGCAGAAUACGCUGGUAGUUUAUUAAUUCCCCAUUAUAAGCUAACAAUUUUUACCUGACCCAUCAAAGGAUCUUUAGUUAAAACUAGCCAUAAUGUUUGCCUUUACUUUAUAUUUUAUUUGAUCCAGCCCGAUUAGUAAUAAUUAUCUUUAUUUAAUAAUGGAAUUGUUUAUCUUCAGUACAUCAGCAUUAUUUUACAGCAAAAUUGAGUUUUGGGAGCAGGUAGGGAAAUGUUACGGUGUAAAGAAAUGUAUAGAUGUCCACCAUAUUUACCCUUUGGCAGUGCAAGCAGCUAGUGGGUAAAGGGUUUAUGAUAUUAAAAAUAAUGAAUUCAAAUAGAGUUAAUAUAUCAUGAUAAUGAUAAUCAUAUAAAUA